AUGCCUGCAUCUCCUUGGGUUCAGCCUGACACCAGCAGCCGCCCUAUUGCCAUAAUCGGCGGCGGAAUCAUGGGCCGAAGAGUUAGUAUGAUGUGGGUGGCAGCUGGCUACAACGUGAUUUUGUGCGAGAAGUCAAUGGAUAGCUACGACGGGGCGUUGGAUUAUAUCAAUAGCAACAAGGGCCAGCAAGCAGCGAAGCUAGGCACAAAGCCCGGCGCGAUCCGAUUAACUGCCACCCUGCAGGAGGCGGCACACAACGCCUGGAUGAUUAUCGAGGCCCUUCCCGAGAAGCUCGACUUGAAGAUUGAGAUUAUGGGCCAGCUGGAUAAGCUUGCCCCCUCGGACUGUGUCGUGACAACAAACUCAUCUUCGCUGCGCUCAAGCCAAAUGCUCGCCAACACGGUAAACAAUUAUCGCAUCUGCAAUGGCCACUACUACAUGCCCCCCGAACAGAAUUACUACGAAAUCAUGUCUUGUGGUCACACCGAUCCCGCCAUCUUCCCCUUCUUGAUGAGUAUGGCCACCACUGCGGGAUUCCAGCCAGUGCAUGCAAAACAGGAAUCGACUGGUCUGGUCUUCAAUCGGAUCUGGGCAGCUAUCAAGCGGGAGUGUCUGCUUGUCAUGGCCGAUGCUGUUAGUGAUGGUAGAACAAUUGACGAAAUGUUCAAGUCUUGGUUCAAGGCCGAGAAAGGUCCUUGUCAAAUGAUGGAUACUGUUGGAUUAGAUACUGUGUACAAUAUCGAGGUUGUAUAUGAGCAGCAGCUAGGAACCAAUCCGCGGGCCAAGGACUGGCUGAAGGCCACUUACGUUGACAAGGGUAAUUUGGGCGCAAAGGCUGGCAAAGGGCUAUUGGGAUAA